UGGAGACACUUUUAAGAAGUCAGACAACGUUUAAUAAAGUUUAUCGGGCAUUUAACCUACAGGUCGGUUUUCCUUGGUCCUGAAAACUCCAGUGAGCCAAUUAAAAUUCUCGGUCAGCGAAGGAGAUUGCCUACGGCUGCCCUCGAUUGCCUGUAACUACAUAGCGACCCCGGCACUAUGAGUUAAAAAGGACCAUGCCGACCAAUUUUUACUCGCGGAAAAUGUUUCAACAUGCUGAAAAAUUUUCCACGACCUAGCAGAGGCCGCGAAUAUGCGGGAACUUCUCUCGAGCAUGAAGGAGAGUUCCAGUGACCUCAAAGGACCUCCUAGGACAAUGUGUUGACCAUGCUGCGAGUUUGAGUCAAGGGCAAACUCGUCUACACUCGCAGAUUAGGUCCCCGCAGUGGGACAGCCCCUUAACAGUGCAAAGCCAAAGUAUUUAUCACAACCUAAAUAAAAUCCAUAGUAGAUCAUAGUUACAGAGGUAGGGUUGUGAUUCGUGUUGUGCAGUGUUCUAGAGCUUCAUGGUUGCCGACGGUAAUCUGUUGUUGCUUCAGCCCUUCAUGUGCACCCUUUCUUCAGCCUGCCAUUGAAUUUUCUUUUGGCCUAUACCUUAAGUGAAGGAGAUGUGAAUGUUUUCAUCAAUAUUUUCCUGAGAUAAUGCAAAGAAUAAGGAUAACCUAUCCAUCGUUUUCGAUCAAGACCCUGAAAAAUUCCAAUCAUUCAAGAUACUUUUUAAAAUCCAGAAGUACUGAAUAUUGAUUUAUUCCAGUUAUCAAGUAAGUAUGGAUACACAAGCAAAUGCAGAUGCUGGAAUCUUUAGCAAAGCAUAAAGUGCUGGGGUAUGUCAAUGGGUCAGGCUGCAUCUGUGCAGGGAAUGGAUAGGCGAAGGGUAUAAAGAAGGGUCCCAACUUGAAACUUUGCCUGACAUAAAGUGCUGCAGUAACUCAAUGGGUCAGGCAGCAUCUCUGGAGAAAAAGAAUAGUGAUGUCUCAAGUCGGAACCCUGCCCCAGAUUGAAAGUAGAGGGAUGGGGGAGGAGAAUAAACUGGAGGCAAGAAAAGGCCAGAACAAAUCAGGGCUGGCAACAGAUGACAUCGGGAAGGGUGGAGCCCAUAAUGGCCCAUUGUUGGCUAGGAAAGGUUCAAAAGCUCAUGUGUUAGGAGCAGCAUUCAGCCAUUUGGACCAUCAAGUCCACUCCGCCAUACAAUCAUGGCUGACCUAUCUUUCCCUCUUAAUCCCAUUCUCCUGCUUUCUCCCCCUAACCCGUGACUUCACAAGAGGGAUACAAGGAAUUAGUUGGAUGAUUAGAGGAGGUGGGAGAGAGGGGAAGGAAUGCCUAUCCAUUCCCUCCACAUGAUGCUGCCUGACCUUCUGAGUUACUCCAGCACUUUGUGAUUUGCUCAAUUAAAUUUAGGAAAGGAAUGAAUUUCAAAAGGCACAUUUCGGGAAAAUAUUAAAAUGUAACCAUAAUCUCCACCUAAAUUUGGCUCGGAAGAGGGAAUAUCGACUGCAAAAGUUUUAUUUCAGGAAUAAAUGGUCUUCCUUUGCUCUCUCCUGAUCUUUGAGAGUCUGCCUUAUCAAUGAUUUUAAUUGGGAUCUCAUGUAUGAACUAUGGAUUUCGCCACUAGAGCUCAGUAGACGGUUAAAAGCUCUUUUUAAAAAAAAAAAGAGCUCUGCAUCUCAGAUGAUUUUGGAGGGGGGGGUCGAACUUUACGGCUGUGUUAUCAAGGAGAAGUCAAUUCCCCUGAAAGAGAAGCAGGAGCGAUGUGGGUCGAAUCAUUUCCCCCCACGCCUUGGUAAGCAGGGGGAAGCAUUGCCACUUUAAGAGUCAGUGGAUGAGACCGAACUGACAGCAGCUCUGUUCCGCCGGGGGAGACCGACACGCCACUCUGGAAGACACACAGAAGCGAAAGGGAGGAUUUUGCACGGGGAGAAUAAAAAUAAUAAUAAUAAUAAAAGCAGUUUGAUUGUACAACGAAGAACGAGUAAGCUGCCGUAGACCAUCACUCGAACGGUAACAGAAAAUCUUUGUCUUCGAUCAACGGGUGCCAAGAUGCCUGUGGCGUCAGCUCAUUCGGACGAUUCAGCUAUGCAGCAGGUCCUGGACAACUUGAAUGACUUACCAAACUCUACUGGAGCCAAGGAUCUAGACUUGCUCUUCCUGCGAGGAAUCAUGGAAAGCCCAAUUGUUCGGUCACUAGCUAAGGCCCACGAGAAGCUGGAAGACACUCAGCUGGAAGCUGUGAGUGAUAACAACUUGGAGUUAGUGAAGGAGAUCAUCGAUGAUAUAACCCCAAUUGCCAAAGAGAAUGACACUGCAGCAGAACUCUCUCAGAUUCUCCAAGAACCACAUUUUCAGUCACUGCUGGAAGCUCACGACACAGUCGCCUCCAAAAACUACGAAACUCCACCUCCAAGUCCAGAGUCGUUCAUGGACUCCACGUUCAACAAUCAGCCUGUGCCCCCUGAUGCUGUCCGAAUGGUGGGGAUUCGCAAGGUCAAGGGUGAGCAUUUGGGUGUGACGUUCAGGGUGGAAAACAGUGAGCUUGUGAUUGCUCGCAUCCUCCAUGGAGGCAUGAUCGACCAACAAGGUCUACUUCAUGUAGGGGACAUCAUCAAGGAGGUCAACGGAAAAGAGGUUGGGAAUGAUCCAAAAGUCUUGCAGGAGAUGCUGCAGAACGCUAGUGGAAGUGUCAUCCUUAAGAUCCUGCCCAGCUACCAAGAACCACACCCUCCACGCCAGGUGUAUGUGAAAUGCCACUAUGAAUAUGAACCUGUCAACGAUAACUUGAUCCCUUGCAAAGAAGCUGGCUUGAAGUUCACUUGUGGCGAUAUAUUACAGAUUGUCAAUCAGGAGGACCUCAACUGGUGGCAGGCCUGCCAUGUGAAGGAGGGAGGGAGUGCGGGCCUUAUCCCCAGUCAGCUGUUGGAAGAAAAGAGAAAAGCUUUUGUCAAGCGAGAUUGGGAUUUUUCUGCACCUUCAGGUGCAUUGUGUGGGAGUAUGGGUGGAAAAAGGAAAAAGAAGAUGAUGUAUCUGACCACCAAAAAUGCAGAAUUUGAUCGACACGAGCUUCUAAUCUACGAGGAAGUAGCAAAAAUGCCACCGUUUCAGAGGAAGACUCUGGUUCUUAUUGGGGCACAAGGAGUCGGGAGAAGAAGCUUGAAGAACAGACUCAUCAUGUCUGAUCCAAUGAGAUUUGGAACCACCAUUCCUUUCACUUCACGGAAACCGAAGGAGGAUGAGAAUGACGGACAUAUUUAUGCCUUCGUGUCUCGUGCUGAAAUGGAGAACGACAUCAAGAGCAGCAGGUAUCUUGAACACGGUGAAUACGAAGGGAAUCUUUACGGAACAAAAAUCGAUUCCAUUCACGAGGUGGUUGAAUGUGGAAAAAUCUGCAUCCUGGAUGCAAACCCACAGGCACUGAAGGUUCUACGGACAUCUGAAUUCAUGCCUUAUGUGGUAUUUAUUGAGGCUCCAGACUUGGACACACUUCGAGCAAUGCACAGGGCAGCUAUUGAUGUGGGAGUUACAACAAAACAAUUAACUGACACAGAUUUGAAGAAAACUGUGGACGAGAGCUCCCGCAUCCAGCGAGCAUACAACCACUACUUCGAUCUCACCAUUAUGAAUGAUAAUCUUGACAAGGCCUUCCAAAAGCUUCAGACAGUCAUGGAGAAACUCUGCAUAGAGCCCCAGUGGGUGCCUGUGAGCUGGGUCUACUAAUGUUCUUCCAAAGGGGUAGAGAAAUAUGUUUUACACAGAGCACCAUUAACUUUGUAGAAAAAGUCCCUUAGAUAUAAAGGGACACCAAUUUGGACAAGUCAUAAGGAGGCAACGUGUCAUGCUUCUAACCAAUAUAUUUGUGCCAAUCAACAUUAAAUCUUAAAUUAAAUGGUUAUGAAAGGAAGGGAUGGGAAUGCUCCCAUGUUACUUUUAUGAUUUUGUUGUUCAAACAAUUAUGAAAUGGGCAAAUUCCAUUGGCAUUGGUGUCCAGUUUGUUGAUUUAUGGCAGAUUCUGCUAGAUUAUAUCAAUUCAAUUAACAAGAUAAAACAUUAGAUACAUAAGAACCUGCAGAUGCUGGAGUCUUGAGUAAAACUCAAAGUGCUGGAUUAACUCAGCGGGUCAGUGGAGGGAAUGGACAGGUGGCAAAGUGGCAGAACUGCUGUUUCACAGCGCCAGAGUCCCGGCUUCGAUCCUGACCUCAGGUGCUAUCUGUGUGGAGUUUACACAUUCCUCCUGUGACCGUGUGGGUUUUCUCUGGGUGCUCCCAUUGCCUCCCACAUCCCAAAGAUGUGCAGGUUUGUAGGUUAAUUGGCCUCUGUAAAUUGCCCCUAAUGUGUAGGAUGCGAAAGUGGGAUAAUAUGGAACUAGUGUAUGGGCGAUUAAUGGCAUGGCUAUUCCACACUAUAUCUCUAAACAAAAAGUUUUGGAUUGUGACCCUUUUUCUGACUGUAGUGGGGGAGGGGGAGAAAACUGGAAAAGAGGUGGGUGCCUGACAAAGCCUGGCAAGUGAUGGGUGGAUACGAGUGGGUUUUUAUUUACAUAUGGUUGGUCAAAGGGUAAAGAUGGAAAGGAGAUAAAAGGCUCUCAGAUAAGGAGAGAAAGGGGAUUAAAUGUAAAGACAGUGAGAGGGAUAUAGGUGGAAAGGAAAGAAGAGGAAGACGGACUUUUACUGCUCUUUGCAGCAUUUCACCAGGACAAUGAACAACUAUGCAAUGUACGAUAUUGUGGUUGGUGGGAAUCUGAGAAGAAAAGUGUGUCAGAUGUAAAAAUGGGGUAACAUAGAACUAUAGCUGAAAAGUAUUCUGGAAAAGGAAGCAUCUCAACCUGAAAUUCUUGCUGAUCCAUCCUGAUGUACCAAGGUUUUCCAGCAUUUUCUGUUUUCAGAAAUAAUUGGCACAAUUCCACUUGAAGGAAAAUAAUCCUGGGCACAUUGGUGUUGGAAUCUAAGUUAUUGGGUUUGUUUAAACAUUUUCACUUUUAUUCCAUUUCAAUGCUUUUAAAUUACCCUAAAAUGGACAAGUGUCAGAAUUUGAAUUGAAUGAUUGUUGUCCAGAAUCAAACUGGAAGUCAUUGCCAUUAAUUUGCAAAGGAUUCUGUCAAAAUGUGUUUCAGUUGUACACUUACUUGAGGCUGCUGAAUCCUGGGGUCCCAGUUGUGUAGCAAUAACUGCACACAUAAGAAAUAUUUGCACAUGAAUGCUUUAAUACAAUUGUUUGGUUCAGUUCUCUGUUUUUCAAGAAGGCAAACUACUUGAACAUACAUAUAUUGAUGUGUUAAUUAAAUGGUGGAGGAUGUAUUUUGUAGAAACAUGUUAAAGCACAUGUGCUCAUAAUGGUCAGCACAGGUUUAACCCAGACUGUCUUACACUUGUGACUCCUUCAAAUUGUUCAUCAAGUCGGGCACAACUGUGGCAUUGACUUAGCACUGGUUGUUUCCUACAGGCCUUCUUCUCUAGUGUUUUUAAUUCAGAUUUAAUCUAAUAUUUACUAAUAAUAAGGUUCUCUGUGAGUGAGUAUCUCUUUUUAGUGGUUUACGAGUGGGAGAAAACAAUGGUUAAUUGGGCAUUUCAUGGGGUACUGCCUUCAAGUUUACUGCUGAGGUAUAAGUUGUGCUGAAAGUGUUUUCAAUGAUAGAAAGAGUUUAGUUUUUUUACAUUAAUAUAAUUUAAGUAUGUCAAGUAUGUUAUGCCCAUAACAAAAUAACAAAGUUGUUAUUCCAAAUUAUGAAUUACACUUUCACAGCAAUAGUGAUGUAUAUUCACAAUCUUAAAACAUGAGCUGAAUUGGAUCAAGUUCAUCAACUUUAGUUCCAGUUUAUGUAUUGUCAUUGCAAAAUUGAAUGCUCUUCAAUUGUCAUAUGUACCAGAACAAUGUGCACCAGAACAAUGAAAUACUUACUUGCUGCAGCUUUACAUGGCCCACUAAUGCAAUAACACACUAAUAAAUAUACAAUAAUGAAUAAUACAGUAAGUUAAUAAUCAGUAACCCUUGGUAACUGAACCAUAACGUUUAACUUCAUUGGAAUACUGUGGGCUGCAACAAAAGCCAGACUCAUCAAGGUGGAAGUCCAGACAUUUUUUUAGUUUUUUCAAUCUAUUUCAUUGUUCCAAAGGUGGCACAGAGACGCAGCUGGCAGAGCUACUGUUUCACAGCACCAGAGAUCCAGGUUCGAUCCUGACCCUCGACGCUGUCUGUGUGGGCAUUGCACUUUCUACCUGUGACCUGGUUUGCUCCCACAUUCCAAGACAUGCGGGUUUGUACGUUAAUUGGCCUCUGUAAAUUGCCCCUUAACUGCAGGGAGUGGAUGAGAAAGUGGGAUAAUAUAGAACUAGUAUGAAUAGGUGAUCAAUGGUCAACAUGAUAGUGGUGGGCCAAAGUGUGUUUCAAUCAACCAAUCAAUAUUUCUAUAAAAUAUUGGCUAAAAUGUAAUAAAACUAGGAUUAAAAAAUGAACAGAAAGCACUCGUGGCAAAAUGCUCAAAAUCUGAAGUAAAAGAAGUGAUGGAAGUAUUCAGCAGUGCAGAAGCAUUUAUGAAAGGAGAAACAGCAUUAAUGUUUCUAGACUGAUGAAUUAAUACUAUACAUCUUCACAGAUGCUGCCUGAUUUGCUGAGGAUAACAUUUUCUGCAUUUCAAUUUUUUUUAUUUUCUGAAACUGAUACACACAAAUUCACUUGUUGAAAUAUUCCAUGUGUUACUCUAAGGGAUAGACAUUUCCAUUGAAAUCUUAGUAUUAUUAGAAUAUUUUUUGUAGGGCCUUGUUUCAUUAGCUUUUACUUGAGAGAUGUCUUGUUUAUAAUAUUGAAUCUUUCAAUGUAAACACUUUAGAUUAUUUUCUAGUUUGCCUCCUUCUCCACACAUGCAAGACCAAGAAAGUUCCUCGCGUUGAUAGCUGUACUGAAAAAGUGAAAUUUAUCCUUGUUCACCAUACUCACACUGCUCUGGUAUUUGUGAUUUCAGAAAUGGUAUAUAAUAAGCUGAGUAUCAUGCACAUAGCAAGUAAUCAUGGACACAUUUCUGUGUCCUUUAAUUUGUUUCAUUUAUUCUUUCAUGGAAUGUUGGUUUCAAAGUCACUUGCUGUCUGCCCCAAUCACUUCAGGUCGGAGGGGUUUCUUAGCGAUUCCAGAGGAUAUCUAUCUCAGACCACACUUGUGGAUCUCAGAUCCCAUAUAGACCAGAGGUGAUGAAGAUGGUAAAUUUCCUUCACUUAAAACUCCCACCAUAUCCACUCCAUGAAUGAAGCUUUGCGGAGGCUGGAAACUUGAGCAGGCACGAAGUGCUGCAGAAACUCAGUGGGUCAGGCAGCACCUGCGGAAGGAAUGGACAGACGACGUUUCAGGUCGGAUCCCUUUCUCAGAUUGCCCAUUCCCUUUCACACAUGCUGCCUGAUCUUGUGAGUUCCUCCAGCAUUUCAUGGCUUGCUGGAGUAUCACGUAAAUGUACAACUUCUAUGAUUAACUUUAUAGGUACUAAAUUUUAUUUUUACAUUUUAUUUAAUUGCUUAAAUUCAAAUUCUCAAGUUGCAGUGGUGAGAUUUGAAUUCACAUCAGUCGCCCAGGACACUGGGUCCCAAUGAGACAAGACAUCCACAUACCUAUUAUACUUGUCCAAUCUCUACGAGUUAUCAGAAAGCAUUUUACCUUUGCCAACUUGAGGAUAAGCUGUGAUAAUAGAUGAAUAACAACAGAUAUUGUUCUUAAUUAAAAAUAUGAUUAUCCUUAUAGAUUUUGCUUUAUGAUGUAUUUCUAUUACUAGCCAAUUGUAAAGAGAUUUUGUGUCCAGUGACUACAGAUCAAACCCAUCUCUAUAAUUGAUCAGUUAAUAUAUUGAAGAUCAUUUUUUUAAACAAUCCAUCGAGGGUGCUUUUAAAAUGUUGUUUUUUAUUGUAUUUUUAACUUUGUAACAGAUUUAAAGAAUCUCUAUAUAUGUAACAUGAAGAAUUUAUCAAUGGAAAAAUUAGACUUGGUAUGAAUUUAAUUUGGAAAAAAAGGAGAGAUGGUAUACAAUUGCUGUAAAAUGUACAAUUGCUGUAGAUUACAUUUAGCAAAAACAAUAUAUGUAGAGUUUUGCAAAUCUACUAUUUUCUGUCAUACUUUAUACAACUGUGUUUUCCAGGUGAGCACAGAUGAUCAAUAGAAUUGUAAACAUUUGUGACCCUUCUCCAGUACAAAAGUUAUGGUUCAGUGCUUUUACUGAUAAGUCAGAAGACACUGAUGAAAGCGCUGUCAUGCUUGAUGAACUGUUUGAGGUAUAGCUACAUGGAACAUUGAACAAAAUGAUUGUUUUCAAUGGAUUGCUGGAUGUUGAGGGGAGACCUGACAGAAGUAUAUACAAUUAUGAGAAGCCUAAAUGGGUUGGAGAGUCAGGACCCUUUUUCCGAGGGAGUUAUGCCACUAGAGUUAGACUAGAGGGUAUAAACUGAAGGUGAGAAGGGAAAAAUGUAAAAGAGAUGUGUAGAGGAAGUUUUUUACACAGUUGAGUGCCUGAAACGUGCUUUGAGGGGUGUGCUGGAGGCAAAUAUGUUAGAGGCGAUUAAGAAGCUUUGAAAUAGGCACAUGGAUAUGCUGGGAUUGGAGGGAUGUGGAUCAUGUGUUGAUAGAUGAGAUUAAUUUAUUUUGGCAUUAUAAUUAACACAUGCAAUGCGGGCCUGUUCCUGUACUGUAGUUUUCUAAGUUUUAUGUUCUAAUCUGGUCAUAGUUUUCUCUGGUGGAAACUAUGGAGUUACUUUGUUGGGUGUCCAUGAAUCUUGAUCGACACUGGUUUUGGAGGCAUCCAUCCAAGCUCUCUUGUUUUUUGACUCAAUGAUUCAUGUAUUUAAGCUUUCACCUCACCAAAGGCAGCACUCUCAGGAGUUUAGCCCUUUGAAACUCACUGCCACCAUCUUCUCCUUUAUAAUCCUUCUAGUAACCUACGUGUGUGCCUAAACUUCGUGUAAGCUCAUUUCCUUCUUUAUCAAAGCUUUCAUUUAUUUACUCCACAAUGAACUUUAAUCAAUAUUAAAUAUAUUUAAUAUUCCAAUUAUAUGCCAUGGUGGUGCAUUGGUAGAGUUGCUGCCUUACAGCGCCAGAGUCCAGGAUUCAACCCUGACUACAGGAGCUGUCUGUGCGGAAUUUGUACAUUCUCUAUGUGACCUGCAUGGGUUAUCUCCGCGUGUUCUGGUUUUUCUCCCACACUUCAAAGACGGACAGGUUUGUAGGUCAAUUGGCUUUGGUAAAGAUUGUAAAUUGUCCCUAGUGCAUAGGAUAGUGCUAAUGUACGGUGGUCGCUGGUCAGCACGGACUCGGUGGGCCAGAGGGCCUAUUUCCUUGCUGAAUCUCUAAACUAAAUUAAACUAAAAUUUACAACGUGUAUAUAGUACAUAAUUUUCUAUCAUUGUGCAAGUAUUUUGAAGCAUUUUAAAAUGCAUGCUUGUACAUGCCUGUGUCAAGUUGCCAAAAUAAAUGCAACCACCAAUUUUUAGU